CAGAGCCCACAUUCCUUCCCCGUGACAGCCGGAGAGAGGGAGGGAAGGAGAGGUGCCACUGCCAUGCAGCCCUUCGUACCUGCUUGGGCCCUUCUGCUCUGCUUCCCUCCCGGCCUCGCACUGAGCCUGCUGCGCUGGUGCACCGUCUCUGACCAGGAGCUGGCCAAGUGCAGCGACAUGAGCAAAGCCUUUGCCGGGGCCAGCCUCCUCCCCUUGCUGGCGUGUGUGAAUGGAGGCUCCACCAGCACUUGCACCUCCAUGAUCAACGCAAGCCUGGCAGAUGUUGCAACCCUGGACGGCGGCACCAUUUACCAGGCUGGGAAGGAGUACAAUCUGAAGCCAGUGGUGGGCGAAGCCUACGGCCAAGAUCUCGGCACCUCCUACUACGCGGUGGCUGUGGUGAGGGCCAAUUCCACCUUGACCAUCGGCAGCUUGAGGGGGGCCAGGACUUGCCACACGGGCAUCAACAGGACCGUGGGAUGGAACGUCCCUGUGGGCUUCCUCAUUGACAGUGGCCGGAUGGCGCUGAUGGGCUGUCAAGUCCCAAAAGCUGUUGGGGAGUACUUCAGUGCCAGCUGUGUCCCUGGAGCCAGUGGGGACAGAUACCCUCCCUCCCUCUGUCAGCUCUGCAAAGGGGACGGGGCAGGACAAGGGAAAUGCGACCCGAGUCCCCGAGAGUUAUACUACGACUACGCGGGAGCCUUCAGGUGUCUGGUGGAGGAGGCGGGAGAGGUUGCCUUCGUGAAGCACAGCACUGUAACAGACGCCAUACAAGGCCCAGCUCCUCCCUCGUGGGCUCAGAAGCUUCAGCCGGGGGACUUCCGGCUGCUCUGCCGGGACGGGAGUCGGGCGGAAGUCACGGAGUGGCGGAGGUGCCACUUGGCCCGGGUCCCCGCCCACGCUGUGGUGGCCAGGCAGGACACGGCGGGGAGCCUCGUCUUUCAUCUGCUCGACCAGGGACAGCAAAGGUUUAAUGGUGAAAGCUCCAGUUUCCAGAUGUUUGACUCUGUGGCUUAUGGUGGGAAGAACCUUCUCUUCAAAGACUCCACCACGCAGCUGGUCCCCAUCGAGGAGGAGACCUACCAGGCCUGGCUGGGGAAGGAGUAUCUACAUGCUGUGCGGGGCUUGGAUUGUGACCCCACAAGACUGCCCAGGUCCCUGCGCUGGUGUGUCUUGUCAACGGAGGAGAUCUGGAAAUGCAGCCAAAUGGCCACUGCCUUUAAGGACAGGAACUUGAAGCCCGAAAUCCAGUGUGUUUCUGCGGCGAGUCCCGAGCAGUGCAUGGAGCGGAUCCAGAAAAGAGACAUUGAUGCUGUAACUUUGGCAGGAAAGGAUAUUUACAUGGCUGGGAAGAAAUACGGCUUAGUGCCUGCUGCUGGGGAAAAUUACACAGAUGGGGACACGAGCAACACUUACUAUGCUGUAGCCGUGGUGAGUCGGAACGUUUCCAACGCUUUCACCAUCCAUGAGCUCAAAGGGAAGAGGUCCUGCCACACUGGCUACGGGAGGAUGGCCGGGUGGAACAUACCUGUUGGCCUCCUGCUCAGGAGGGGUCUCAUUCAGGCCCAGGGCUGCAACAUCCUCCAAGCGGUGAGUUCCUAUUUCUCGGCCAGUUGUGUUCCCACUGCCAGGAGGGAUGGUUACCCAGCCAGCCUUUGUGAACUCUGCAUUGGCGACAGCAACGGGAAUCAUAAAUGCAGCGCCAGUGACCAGGAGCGCUAUUACGGCUACACGGGAGCCUUCAGGUGUUUAGCUGAGCAUCGUGGAGAUGUGGCCUUCGUCAAGCACUCUUCAGUCUUUGAAAACACAGAUGGUAACAACACAGCCUCCUGGGCCUCCCAGCUGCGGUCUGAGGACUUUCAGCUCUUGUGUCCCAACGGGGCCCGUGCUGAAGUCCGCCAGUUUGCCCGGUGCCACUGGGGCCAGGUGCCGGCUCGUGCUGUCAUGGUCCACCCAGACACCAAUGCUUUGGCCGUGUAUGGACUUCUCAGCAAAGCUCAGGAUUUCUUUGGGGAUGACUACAAUGGACAUGGGUUUAAAAUGUUCGAUUCCUCAGAUUUCCAAGGAGCAGAUUUAAUCUUCAGGGAUUCCACAACUGAAAUUGUGCCUGUUGGGGUGAAAACAACUUACGCAUCUUGGCUGGAGACGCAAUUCUUGGAGUCUCUUGAAGGCCUGGAGUCUCUCCAGUGUUCUGGAGCAGCUAUGGAGCCUGUGAACGUCUUUCUUCUGCUGAUGGCAAGUCUUAGUUUCAUUACAUUCUGCUCCUCGUGAUCAAUACAUCAACAUGCAACAAGAGAAUGCAGUUGGGGGAACCUAAUAAAAUCCACAACAAUGAUGAAAUCAGCAAACCCAGGCGAUCAUAUGGCCUGCUCAAGAUCCAACUUGCCCACCUCCAUAGUGAAGAGAUGUGGGAUGUUGGGCCGUCCUUCUGUCUUGUACUCCUCUUUUCCACCCACGUCUUCUUUUGGUCUGGCUAAACAUUUGAUUCCCCCCCACCCCCGGCUCCUGUGAGCCACGUCACUAGCACAUGGAGGGGCUUUCUGAACGUGUGGAAAUGUUACAGCCGUAAGAAUUAAAUUGUGCACGUUGUGGCAAACAUGAAACUUUGUAAGUAUGACAGGUACCAUGAAGCUCCAAUUAAGAUAGGAAAGCAUUCCUGAUGUCAUGAAAAUUAAAAUGGUUGCCAGUUA